UGUAUGGGUAAUGUAGUCUGCUGAUGAUCGCGUUGUUCUGUUUCGUGUUUUGGCAAACAUGGCGGGUCUGGAGAUUCUGUCUGAUGAAGGUUUCCGUUUGGAUGGAAGAAAAGCCACUGAACUGCGAAAAGUCCAGGCCCGGAUGGGUGUGUUUGCUCAGGGUGACGGUUCUGCUUAUUUGGAACAGGGCAACACUAAAGCUCUGGCUGUUGUUUACGGUCCCCACGAGAUGCGAGGGUCACGUAGCCGGACUCUUCACGAUCGAGCCGUUAUCAACUGUCAGUACAGCAUGGCCACAUUCAGCACCGCGGAGAGGAAGAGGCGGCCGCACGGCGACCGCAAGUCCACGGAGAUGAGCCUCCACCUCAAGCAGACGUUUGAAGCAGCAGUGAUGACCCAGCUGUACCCUCGCUCUCAGAUAGACAUCUACGUUAAGAUUCUGCAGUCAGAUGGAGGGAACUACAGCGUGUGUGUCAAUGUCGCCACACUGGCGGUGAUCGACGCAGGCAUCCCCAUGCGUGACUACGUGUGCGCGUGCACAGUUGGGUUUGUGGAUGAGACGCCCCUCGCAGAUCUGUCCUAUGCAGAGGAAAGCUCAGGAAGCGUGAGCUGUCUGUCUUUAGCGCUGCUGCCACGCAGCGGGCAGAUCGCGCUGCUGCAGAUGGAUGCCAGACUCCAUCAGGAUUAUCUGGACUCUCUCAUCAAAGCGGCCAUGACGGCGUGUAAAGACGUGAGCAAAGUGCUGGAUGAUGUCGUGCGGCAGCACCUCCACGAAGUGUCGGUGCUCACGAAAGAGUGAUGCAGAACUGUGAAGGGGACAUUGUGAUAACUCUGUGAUUACAGGUUUUGUAAAUGUGUUGUCUUUCAAUAAAUUUAAGAUCCUUGUAUUAUUUA